AGCCAAACACACUUACGAAAUUAAAACGUCAUGUGGAGGUGAGAGAAAUAUUUAAACUUCCAAAACUACCCUUGUCUUCCUUCUAAAUCCCUCUUCCAUAAAAAGUCUGCUUUCCUAUCAGUUUCUGCUAAGCUCCGAUCUCCUCAAGUUUGGUUUGUGUUGGAGAAAUAAUCAGAGCUCUCUAUGAGCAGUGACCCGAACCAAUCCGGGUCCUCCACGACCCAUCAUUUGACGGUUCCACCCGGUUUGGGUCCGGAAGAAUUCCAGGAGCUGAAGCCAUGGAUCACCCAGUUCCACUCGUACCGAGUCAACUCGGGCAAAUGCUCUUCCCUACUCGCACAACGCGUCCACGCGCCGCCCGACGCCGUCUGGUCCGUCGUCCGCCGCUUCGACCGCCCCCAAACGUACAAGCACUUCAUCAAGAGCUGCGCCGUCGGGGAGGGGUUCCGGAUGGCCGUGGGCGACACGCGUGACGUCAACGUCAUCUCCGGCCUCCCGGCCGCCACCAGCACCGAGCGCCUCGACGUCCUCGACGAAGACCGCCGCGUCACGGGGUUCAGCAUCAUCGGCGGCGAGCACCGCCUCCGGAACUACCGCUCCGUCACCUCCGUGCAUGGGCUGAGCUCCAGUCCCCGCCACCCGACCACCGUCGUCUUGGAGUCCUACGUGGUGGACGUGCCCGAGGGAAACACCGAGGAGGACACCAAGCUCUUCGCCGACACCGUCGUCAGGUUGAACCUCCAGAAGCUGGCCAGCAUCACCGAAGCCAUGGCGCGGGGUGAAGGUGGCGGUGGCGGCACCGCCGGCGGCGGCGGCGGCACAAGUCAUCAUUGAGGAUACGAUGAAUAUAUGUGAAAAAGGUUUUUUUUUUUUUUUUUUUUUUUUUUUUUCAGUUAAUUCUAUUUUUGGGCUUAAUUGUAUAGGUGAGAGUCCUUUUUAUUUCUUUUUUCAAAACAUUAUCUUUCGGUUAUAGUAUUAUUGUGGUAUUAUUGUUCUUUG